ACUAAUGCGGAAGUGGAACAGCGCUGGUAGCCGGCAUGAGAGUGAAGCUUUGCAUAUCCAUCAGUAUACAUAGCUGUCCACUAGCGGGUACAGUUUCCUGAUGAUGGAAGCUACUUGUUGACUGGGGGGUUGAUGAUAUAAAACGUUUUGGCUUUGUCUGCUUUUCUUCCUUUAUAGUACCUUUAUGUUAUCAUGAUUUUUGGAGUUUGGUAGUUAGCCAGCUUCUGUAAACAUGCCACUGUCUGACACGGUCAGUCUGCUCUUCUGUCUUCUUUUUGUUUUAUCCCUUGGAUAUGGCCACGCAAAGGAUAUUGGGGCUCUGUGUUCCACCUGUAAACAAAUAACUGACAAUUUCGACAAGGGGUUUGAAAAAACUGCAAAGAAAAACUUUGGUGGUGGAAAUACAGCAUGGGAAGAAAGGAAGCUGUCAAAGUAUGAGAGCAGUGAGAUUCGUCUGGUGGAGAUUCUGGAGGGCUUGUGUGAGAGCAGCAGUUUCGAGUGUAACCACAUGGUAGAAGAAUACGAGGAGCACUUUGAGACUUGGUGGUUCAAGAGGAAAUCAAAGCACCCGGAUCUGCAUAAAUGGUUUUGUAUUGAAACAAUCAAAGUGUGCUGCCCUAAAGGAACAUUUGGACCAGAUUGUAACUCCUGUGUAGGAGGAUCUGACAGACCUUGCCAUGGAAACGGUAAAUGUGAUGGUGACGGGACGAGGGGAGGAAGCGGCAAGUGCACUUGUGACGGUGGAUAUAAAGGCGAGUUUUGCCUGGACUGUGCCGAGAGAUAUUUCAGUGAGGAGAGGAACGACACCUUCUCCUUGUGCAAAGAGUGUCACUCAUCUUGCACGACCUGCACUGGAGCUACUAAUAAGGCCUGCGCGGACUGCAGAGAUGGCUGGGAAGAAGAUGAGGAAGAAGCAUGCAUUGACAUUGACGAGUGCUCCAAAGACCCUCCUCCAUGCAAAGACAAGGAAUACUGCCUUAACACAGAUGGCUCAUAUUCCUGCAGUGUGUGUGACAGUAGAUGUUCAGGCUGCAAAGGGCCAGGACCUGGGAACUGCCUGGCCUGUGCCGAAGGCCACAAGGACGAAGAGGGCACCUGCACAGACGUGGAUGAGUGCGAGCUGCCUGACGCAGUGUGUACAGAGGAACACCAGGAGUGCGUCAACACUAACGGCAGCUACAAGUGUCAGUGCGCAGGUGGCUUCGAGGAGCAAGAUGGAGUGUGUGUUCAGCAAGCACAACCAGAGGACAGUCAGGAAGGACCUGCUGAGGAUACCGAGGACAUCAACACAGAAAAAUUUUUACCAGAACACCAAGACCUGUGAACUGUUGCUGGAGUUCUUGAGUCAGCCACUAGGGGUCAGUAAUGGCUCUGAUCCACCACAUGGUAUUUACUGUAUAUACUUGACAAACUGCACUUAUAUACCUGGGGAACAUGGACAACUCGUUAUUCCGGUGGAAAAUGGGAUGAUGUCAAACCCAGCACUGCUGCUCAAAUGAGAAAAGGCUGUAGUCUGGUUUUUUUAAUCAUUUUUUUUCUUCCUUUAUUUGUGAAGUAAAAUAAAGUCACACCACACUGUC